CAGCGAGGGGGCGGAGCUGGAGCUGCGUGCACGGUGAGGGUUGUUGUGUGUAAACUGAGAUCUGCGCGAGACUGGAGACUGGACCCGACAUGAGCAGCUCAGAGCGGGACGAGGGGACGCCUGUCCCCGACAGCCGCGGCCUCUGCGAUGCUGACACCGUCCCGGGGACCCCCGACCGGCGUCCGCUGCUCGGCGAGGAGAAGGCGGCGACAGGCGAAGGCCUCUCUGGGAUCGUGGGGAGCCCGGCGCCCCGAGGUGUCGCGGGCCUUGAUCCCCCGAUGCAGGAGGCCGCGGCUAGGCAGGGAGCGACUCCUCCUCCGGUGCCGGGCCCCGCGGCGGCGGCGGCGUUCGUGACACCGAACUAUGCGGAGAAGGGCCUAGAAACUCGGGAGGCGGAGGCCCACGCCGUGCAGCCCGAUGAACGGGGCACCGACGCGGUGGCGGCGGAAGCGAAGUCAGAAGUGGCGACGCCGGGGAGCGAGGAGGUGAUGCAGGUGGAGCAGAAGCCCGCGGCCGAAGAGAUGGAGAUGCAGGAGGCGAGUGGCGGAGAGAGGGAGGCCCGGGAGGAGGCAGGGCUCUGGUACCUGGGCAUAGAUCUGCGCAGGAACCCGCUGGAGGCCAUCCAGCUGGAACUGGACACUGUGAAUGCCCAGGCCGACAGGGCCUUCCAGCAUAUGGAGCAGAAGUUUGGGCGGAUGCGGCGACACUACCUGGAACGGAGGAACUACAUCAUCCAGAAUAUCCCGGGCUUCUGGAUGACUGCCUUCCGGAACCACCCUCAGUUGUCCGCCCUGAUCAGGGGUCGGGAUGCAGAGAUGCUCAGGUACGUCACCAACCUGGAGGUGAAGGACCUGAGACACCCUAAGACUGGCUGCAAAUUCAAGUUCUUCUUCCGAAGGAACCCCUACUUCCGCAACAAGCUGAUUGUCAAGGAAUACGAAGUGAGGCCAUCCGGCCGAGUGGUGUCGCUUUCCACUCCGAUCAUCUGGCGGAGGGGCCAUGAGCCCCAGUCCUUCAUUCGCAGGAACCAAGACCUCAUCUGCAGCUUCUUCACCUGGUUCUCGGACCACAGCAUUCCAGAAGCGGACAGAAUCGCCGAGAUUAUCAAAGAGGACCUGUGGCCAAACCCACUGCAGUACUACCUGUCUCGCGAGGGAAUCCGUAGACCCCGUCGCCGCCCGAUAAGGGAGCCAGUGGAGAUUCCCAGGCCUUUUGGCUUCCAGUCAGGUUAAUCUUUGCGUUUGAAAAAAGGCAGGUGCAACAGGACCCUUCUCACCCGUGCUUGAGCAGAUGCAACGGCUACGCGGUGUUUUGAUUUCUCUCCCCUUCACUUUUCCGCAUCUUCAGAGUCUCUUCACCUUGAGGUUAAGACUAGACCUGCUUCCGCUUUCACUUGGCCCCCAUGCUGUUCUGAAGUAGUAUUUGCUGGUUCAUGGUCAUGGCUUGGACCCCUUCUUAGCUUAACAGUGAAACUGUAUUACACUGCCUUUACACUGUUUGGACCCUGUUGUUUUCAGUGCUACUGGCUUACUGCCACCUAGUUGUCUUGCUUUAUCUGGGGGCCCUUCUGUUGACCUGUUCAGCAUGUGACAAUGUGGGCACAAAGUUUUCAGACAGUCCCGGGCCUAAAGGUUGUUGCAAGAGUGAGCCACCUUUUAUGUGAUUUUUUUUUUUUUUUUUGGCUUUUUGGCUUUUUGGCACCACUUUCUAGGCUAUACCACACUCCAUUGUAUUUGCCAGUGAUCCUCACCCUCACUCUCCCACCUUUCUCUGGUUAUUUUAAAGAAAAGUAGUUAAAAAAAACUGUAAGAUCAGGAGUUGUGGUUCAUGUAUACUUAGCAUUUCCUGAGAGGGUGCUCUGUAAAAGAGGAAACCACUCUGCCUUGUCUCCUCUCUUAACCACUCCCCAGCCUGGUUAGCAAGUCCUAAAAACUUUCUAGGGAGAAAAGUAGGUGGAAACAGCUGAGCUCUUUUGAAUAACGUGUGGAAGAACUAAAGAGAUUUUGAUGGGUACUCUAAGCAGGGAAAGUGAGCCGAAAAGGUUCAGAAUCAAAAUAAAUCAGAUAAAAAUUGGGCUGAGGAUGAAGACAGGACUCGGAGCUUUGACAUCUUGAUCAGUCAAUGGUGAUGGGAAGAGAAAUAUUUGCUCAGGAAAAAUACUUUUCUCUGAGUGUCGAAUGUUGCCUAGACAAUGCUUCUUUAAAGAAGCAGUGCAAGUGUGGGUUAUUUUCCUCUCUUUAUAUGUGAUCUGUUAUAAGUGAAGGUGUAAUACUGUGCCCAUAUUUUACCAAUAUUUAGUAAAAUGCUACUUGAUUCUACUUACUGGGAAUAUCUAAACACUUUUGUUUGCAUUCAUUUGAGACCAUUUGGAAUAUAGUAAGACAGUAGUCUUUAUAAUACUGAGAUUUGAAUAUUCGUAACAGUUUUCAAUAUUAAUCCAAAUUCUUAGAAACAGUUUGUAUAAUUUGGUCUUUAUCAAAUGUGUCAAAGUAUUGCUUUCAUGGAAAAGUAAGUAUGUGCCUUGAUUGUCUUGAUAGUUUCUUCUUAAACUGCACUUAGUUAUAAAAGUACUUUGUCUUAUUAGCACUGUGCUAUGAGUAUAUUUGUUGCCAUUUUUAUGCAUGAUGGUAAAUAAAAGCAUGGGCACCCCA